AUGGAUCAACCUGUCGGAGACGGCGCAGAUGGCAGUCUCGGAAGUGUCGGGCGGUUCCACUCCACUUAUGGAAAGAAAGAAUCCGCUGACGGACCGCGUCAACAUGGAGCUGACGAUGUUGAAGAAUCUGACGACGUUGAAGGAUCUUCGGAAGGCGAAGAGGCCUCAAGAAACCUCCCGCUCUUGAUGCAAGCAGUGACUGUCGCUUUUCGAAGUGUCAGUCACUAGGAUCUGAUAGAGUAGGAGGGAGGCGCAUUCCGCCGAGCACUUUGUGAGUUUACGCUUUUUUUAAAAUGUAAUUGCCCUUUUGGACAAGAAAAUUUUUUCAAGUGAUUUUGUGUAAAAUGAAUGAUUUUAGGUGACCCGCCUGUCAACCCUCCUCCAAACAGCCGCCCUGGAACUCUCACGCUGGAGAGCCGGCGAAUCAUUGUCCGAAUUGGAAUGGAUCAACCUGUCGGAGACGGCGCAGAUGGCAGUCUCGGAAGUGUCGGGCGGUUCCACUCCACUUAUGGAAAGAAAGAAUCCGCUGACGGACCGCGUCAACAUGGAGCUGACGAUGUUGAAGAAUCUGACGACGUUGAAGGAUCUUCGGAAGGUGAAGAGGCCUCAAGAAACCUCCCGCUCUUGAUGCAAGCAGUGACUGUCGCUUUUCGAAGUGUCAGUCACUAGGAUCUGAUAGAGUAGGAGGGAGGCGCAUUCCGCCGAGCACUUUGUGAGUUUACGCUUUUUUUAAAUGUAAUUGCCCUUUUUGGACAAGAAAAAUUUUUUUCAAGUGAUUUUUGUGUAAAAUGAAUGAUUUUUAGGUGACCCGCCUGUCAACCCUCCUCCAAACAGUCGCCCUGGAACUCUCACGCUGGAGAGCCGGCGAAUCAUUGUCCGAAUUGGAAUGGAUCAACCUGUCGGAGACGGCGCAGAUGGCAGUCUCGGAAGUGUCGGGCGGUUCCACUCCACUUAUGGAAAGAAAGAAUCCGCUGACGGACCGCGUCAACAUGGAGCUGACGAUGUUGAAGAAUCUGACGACGUUGAAGGAUCUUCGGAAGGUGAAGAGGCCUCAAGAAACCUCCCGCUCUUGAUGCAAGCAGUGACUGUCGCUUUUCGAAGUGUUAGUCACUAGGAUCUGAUAGAGUAGGAGGGAGGCGCAUUCCGCCGAGCACUUUGUGAGUUUACGCUUUUUUUUUAAAUGUAAUUGCCCUUUUGGACAAGAAAAUUUUUUCAAGUGAUUUUGUGUAAAAUGAAUGAUUUUAGGUGACCCGCCUGUCAACCCUCCUCCAAACAGUCGCCCUGGAACUCUCACGCUGGAGAGCCGGCGAAUCAUUGUCCGAAUUGGAAUGGAUCAACCUGUCGGAGACGGCGCAGAUGGCAGUCUCGGAAGUGUCGGGCGGUUCCACUCCACUUAUGGAAAGAAAGAAUCCGCUGACGGACCGCGUCAACAUGGAGCUGACGAUGUUGAAGAAUCUGACGACGUUGAAGGAUCUUCGGAAGGUGAAGAGGCCUCAAGAAACCUCCCGCUCUUGAUGCAAGCAGUGACUGUCGCUUUUCGAAGUGUCAGUCACUAGGAUCUGAUAGAGUAGGAGGGAGGCGCAUUCCGCCGAGCACUUUGUGAGUUUACGCUUUUUUUAAAAUGUAAUUGCCCUUUUUGGACAAGAAAAAUUUUUUUCAAGUGAUUUUUGUGUAAAAUGAAUGAUUUUAGGUGACCCGCCUGUCAACCCUCCUCCAAACAGCCGCCCUGGAACUCUCACGCUGGAGAGCCGGCGAAUCAUUGUCCGAAUUGGAAUGGAUCAACCUGUCGGAGACGGCGCAGAUGGCAGUCUCGGAAGUGUCGGGCGGUUCCACUCCACUUAUGGAAAGAAAGAAUCCGCUGACGGACCGCGUCAACAUGGAGCUGACGAUGUUGAAGAAUCUGACGACGUUGAAGGAUCUUCGGAAGGCGAAGAGGCCUCAAGAAACCUCCCGCUCUUGA